CACUGGUAGGUUUUGCCCGUAGGGAGGGAGAAGGCGUCCUACGUCAAACGUUAGCCAAGUCCGUUUUUAACAAAAUAAAGCUUUAUUUUUUCUCUCCUCGUGUUAAAGGAAUACCAAAUAACUUCUAUUCAUUGGAAUUGGACACGUUAUAUUAAGGUCAGUGAAGAUGCCUACUGUGAGGUUCCAGAGUGGGGAAAUGGUGAUGGGUCGCUGGCCCGGCAGCAACCUGUACUAUGAGGUCAAGGUGCUGCGCUUCAGCCCCAAGAGUCAGCUGUACACUGUCAUCUACAAAGACGGCACUGAGCUGGAGCUCAAGGACCAAGACAUCAAGAGUGCCACGGGUUUCAGAACACGUUCCCGCUCCCGCUCCCGUUCCCGUUCACCGGCACGCCGUCGCAGCCGCUCACGCUCCCCAGCAAGGAUCACACGGCGGUCCUCCUCCCGUACAGCAGCAGUCGCUGCUGCUGCAGCCAUAACAGAGAGCACACCAAACUCUCGCAGGGAUGCAAAGCUGAAGGAUGUGCUGGAGAACCCAACAAAGCCAGUUGAGAACAAUAGCAACAAUAAGCAUGAAAACAAAGAGGAGAAUGACACUGCUAAUAAAGUGACUGAGAAGCCUGAGGCUAAGGUGGAGGCAGAGCCUGAGAUGAGUCAGGGACGUUAUAACCUGCGCCGCAGGAAGGAUGAUGGAGAUGCCAAGGCAGUCGAGGUCAAGCAGCUGCAGCUGGAGGAGGAGGAGGCCAAGCCAACUACAGUUCCUGCUGCCACCUCCACCACUCCUUUGGACUUUGGAGGCAGGAUAGGAGCAUAUUUCUGGCUGCUCUUCCUGCCUGCCUGGGUUCUCUUCCUGCUGCUCCAGGUCACCCUGGUGGACCCCAGCCUGGCCAACUUCCCCCCACCACUGCCCCCACUUGAAACAUUGUUUGAUGGCCAGGCUCUCGGCAUCGUGCUCCUCUGGACUCUCUUCCAGGCCCUGCUCUAUAUACUGCCUGUUGGAAAGCUGAGUGAAGGCAUGCCACUCAGGACUGGGGAGAGGCUGAAAUACAGAACCAAUGGUUUCUUUGCCAUUGUGGUGAGUGCUGUGGCAGUGGCAGCAGCAGUGUAUCAGGGUGUCGACCUCACCUACAUCCACAGCAACUUCCUGCAGCUGGCUGUGGCUUCCUUCCUCGGCUCCUUCCUGCUAAGCGUCUAUCUGUAUGUCCGCUCCCGCUAUGUUCCCCCAGAUCAGCUGGCACUAGGCGGAAACUCUGGCAAUGUGGUUUAUGACUUUUUCAAGGGACAUGAGCUUAACCCCCGCAUUAAGAAUUUUGACCUGAAAUUCUUCUGUGAGAUGCGCCCCGGUCUCAUCGGCUGGUGUGUGAUCAACUUUGCGAUGGCUCUGGCAGAGAUGCAGGAACAGCAUCUGGAGGCUCCGUCCCACGCCAUGAUCCUGGUCAACCUCUUCCAGCUGCUCUAUGUUGUGGAUGGCCUGUGGAAUGAGGAGGCCAUCCUGACCACCAUGGACUUGAUGCACGAUGGCUUUGGCUUCAUGCUGGCUUUUGGUGACUUGGUGUGGGUUCCCUUUACUUACAGCCUGCAGGCCUAUUACCUGGUCACCCACCCCAACCCCCUUGGCCUACCCGCCCUCAUAGCCAUUGUUGCAAUUAAACUGCUCGGCUUCUACAUCUUCAGGAUGUCCAACUCUCAGAAGAACGCCUUCAGAAGAAACCCGUCUGACCCCAAAUUAGCCCAUCUGAAGACCAUCCCCACUGCUACAGGGAAGAGCCUGCUGGUGUCUGGCUGGUGGGGUGUGGUCCGCCACCCCAACUACCUGGGAGACCUCAUCAUGGCUCUGGCCUGGUCCCUGCCCUGUGGUUUCAGCCACCUCCUGCCAUGGUACUACAUGAUCUACUUCAUCAUCCUGCUUGUGCACCGAAACUCUCGAGACAUGAGCGAAUGUAGAAGGAAGUAUGGCUCAGCAUGGGACGAGUACUGCCAAACCGUCCGUUACCGGAUUAUUCCUGGCAUCUACUGAGGAACCCCAACGCUGGACGUUCCCAAGCUGAGGCCUUUUUUCAUCCAGUAUCAUCACAUGGCUAUAGAGGCUCACAAGAGACACAAAACAAAAAAACAAAUUAUUCUAUUGACUGACUGAUUUAACUUUUUACAUCUUUUUUUUCCUCAUGAUUUUUAACACCAAGAAUGUUUUUUAAAACUUGAUUCAGCGGUCUUGAAGGAACUACAAUUGCUUUAACGUGUUUUAAUGGAAGAAAAAAAAAAGAUUGGUUUAUGGACUGUUUGACUUACUGCCUUUUUUAAACUAGAAUAUAAUUGUUAAAGUUUACAAAAUUGAAAAAUAAGACAAGAAAAACGCCUCUGCUGGGAAAGUCAUUAAGAUGUAUAUUUUUGUAUAUAUACACACACAUUUGUUUUUCUACUCAAAAUUAAAAAAAAAAAAAAUAGUACCCUUUAAGCUCACCAAUUGCAUAACCUUUGGUAAGUUUGAUGCUUGACUCCCAUAUUCAAAGUAUUGAAAUAUCAGCUUGGCUUUUAUUUGAAGUUAUUUUGUAAGUAUGUCUUCCUAGCAUAAUUAUACUGCUUGUUUAUAUUGUGAAAGAUGGGACUUAAAUACUACUUUUUUACCUGUACAGUGGAACUGCUAGGACUAUUCACUUUCUCAGGACCCGACUUUGUUAUAAAGUUGCAUUAGAAGGAUUUUGUCGUAAUAAUAAUUUUGUUGUGUAUAAUUUUACAGAGAUGUAGUGUUAACUUGAGAGUGUAAAAUGAUUUUGGAGGUGUUAAGAAAAAUGCACUAAUGUGAUAAAAGGCUUUGUUUUUUUUUUUUUUUUUCAUACGUUAUCAAAUCCAAAGUCUUAUUUGAUUUGGCUUUGCUACCUCAGGUUCACUCGCUGUCAAGUUCCCUUCUCCCGUGUCUCCUCCGGGGGGCAGUGUUGCGUAGUUUUCAGCACAAUAUGUAGUCCCUGUUGAAGAGGGGGAAAUGAGUUCAACCUGUUUUUCAUCAUGCUCCAACAAUAAUCUCACUGUAGCCGUUUUAAACAAGUGGCGCCCAUCCACACAGCAGGAAUGUCAUUAAUUUCUAAUGCAAGCCCCCAUUUUAGUAGUUUUUUGGCCCAGUUAUCAUUUUUGUGGUACUGAUCAAACCAGCCUGAAUUUGUCCUGCUCUGAUCUCUUUGGAUGUUUCCUAGAGCAUAUAGUCUAUGUCAGAAUGGCUGUAAUUCACCAUCACUGACCCAUGAACUUGCUUUUUAGGCAUUUUAAGCUUUACCUCAGUAAGUUGUAUGACAAUGACUAUUUUAAAUCAGUUCUAUACUGUGACAGCAUGCAGCGCUGUGCUGUGUAGGAGUGGUCACCUAAACUAGUUUAGCAUUUAAACCCUGUGCUUUUGCAAGCCCAAAAAGUAAUUUUAUUCCCGUGCAGCUGUAGAUGAGCAACGUCAUUAGCAAUACAUUAACUAGAAUAGGUAGCAUUUUCUAUGCCAUGCUGACUGAAUGCAAUGUAAAUAUUUUAGAUUUUUUUUUUUUUUUUUUUUUUAAAUCAUGUCAUUUUAAAUUAAAAGUGACAAUAGUGAUAAUGUCUUUUGGUAGGUAUUUAAAGGUGCAUUUUAUUUGAAUUUUUUUUUAUUUAACUACCUAAUUUUGACCACUGUAGCCAUCUAUGUUUACAGCUAGAUCUGCCUACAUGUUUCUGGACAAUACUUAGGAGAAAACGAAAAGAAAAGCUAGAAAAACAAGUACCACAAAAAAAGUUAAUGGUCACCUUAUGUUUUCCCCACCUCUUUAUCACAUUUGGUGUUAAACGACUGUGCAAGUUUGGGUUGAAUUCUAAUCGAUGUUUUGUUUAAAGCUCUGAUCUUCUCCCUGAUCAGAUGAGGGAGAGAUAGGUAUAAGAUACCAUCAACCAGCAGUCCAGCCCAACAUUAUAGUUGUGGUCUUGAGUUUAAGACACUGUUUGUUUCUACCCUCUUUUUUCAUGAACAGCACUGGUGAUAGUUCUCUUUGGCAGGCAGUCUGUCAGUGGAAACAAGCAGUUGGAUGUAUGUUCAUGUGAUGACAAUACAUUUGUAGACAGGUCCAGCAGCCUGUUAGAUGGGAUGGAUCAAAUCUGUGACAGUGGCUAGAAAAAAAGCUUAUCUUGUAUAAAUGUUUUGGCAUAAAAUAAAGAUUUACAGUAUUUCUCCA